AUGGAUAUUUUGAACAAUGCGUUAUAUAACACGUCGCAAGCGUGUGAAAGGACGUCGCCGCAGUCAAGACUUGUUGAUCAGCCUAGAGCCUCGGAGUUGAGAGGCGCAAGAGGCGAUUUCAGCGGUGGUGCAAGACACCGCAACGAUGAUUACCGCAACAAGACUAGCGCAUUAUCUCGGAAAAGUUGCUGGUUAUGGCCGUUGCUGCAGUCGCGUCGUCUUGCGACUAAACAUUUGGAGACCACCUUGCAACUGCGGACCUCUCCUCGAUAUGAAAUCCACCAGGUCGACCGCUUGAACUUGUAUUCGACGGUCUUGUUAUCCACAUCAAUGUCGCUGUACGAAGUGUGGCAAGCAGCCGCAGGCAGCGCUUUCCAGCCUACGGUUGGUAAGGAAAGCCAAUUGAACGUAGGAUUGUUUCUUCUGCUCAUUGGACUGAUAUUCACUGGACUCUUCGCCCUGAACAAGUCUCCUCUCUCAAUACCUAUUUUCGGCAUCCCUGCCUCACUGGCAUUUGGUUUCGGGGCCGUCUACGCGAUCUGCGGAUUUGGUGUCUAUGUCUAA